AUGGCGCUACAUGGAGAUUCUUCCGGCGAGUUUGACACCAAGUCUCCGGCGGACAAGUUAUUUACAUCUUUCACCGACGACAUAAACAACACUUUUGACAUCAUAUCGAAUGAGAAAAUCACUGAGUAUGUGGGGUGGGAGAAAAGAACAGUGACGCUGAGUAUGAGUGGAAAUCUUGUCUCGGAUAGCUACAAGAAGUUCAAAGCAACCAUCACGGUAACUCCCAAGGCAUACGAGGCCGAUGGUAGCCGCGUGUUGUGGACCGUCGAGUUCGAGAAGAUCCGCCAUGACGUCGAAGAUCCAGUGUGGAUCAUCGACAGUCUUAUCAAUUACUUAAAGGAGAUUGAUGGAGUCUUAAUAUAUAGUCUUUUCUAA